AAAUAAAUGUCGAUUUGAUUUGAAUUGAUGUGAUGUAAUCAUGAUAAUCGUGUUGAUAAUAAUGAUGAUGAUGAUGUUGGACCAAAAGGAAUUGUUGAUUGAGACAUUUGAUUUGCAAAUUUCAGAACAAGAUUUAAAAUUUAUGUAUGGUUGUCCAUUUAAAAAAUUAUACGAAUGUGAUGAUUAUUAUUAUACAUUGAAAACAAAAUUCAACAAUGAUUAUAAAGCUAAUGAAAAAACUGAAUUGGUCAUUUCUGUUCUAGAAAGAAUAAUGUUGGCCGAAGGAAAUCUAUCAAUGAUAUAUGAGCCACGUGUUUUACCAUCAUUUGGUCUACAUAUCUGUACACGUCGUCCAUGUGAUUGUUAUGUACAAAAUUGUUUUACAUAUUGUGCAUGGAAUUGGUGCCAUGUACAACCAUUGAAUGAUGAAGAUGAUAGCUGGAUUUAUAUUCCAUGUAUUACUGAUUAUAAUCUGGAUAGUUGUCUGAAUCUUGAAUGGCCAUGUCAAAAAUAUUGUUAGAAUUUGAAUUAUAAAAUAAAAUUAAUAAUAGUAAAUCGAUCGAUU